AUCAGCAAGCAAGGUGGUCCAAUUGAGAUCCACAACCAGGAGCAAAUCGUGACAGUUGGCAUCACCUCUACAAACCCUGUCCUACUGAUCCCUAAUGUCCUGCUUCUGGCACGACCUAUUGUCCCAUCCGAAGAACAUAUUUCAAAAUUCAGAGCCAUAUUCCAUCAUCAACCCCCAGUGAGAUUUGAACUAACCAGGUUAUUCCCUUUGCGCUUUGUCAAGAUCUCAAUCCACAACUCAGAAAAGAAGCAGCUGCGACUUAAACUAGUGAGUGGCCGCACCUACUAUCUUCAGUUGUGCCCUCAAUCAAACCGGCGAGAAGACCUUUUCGAUGCCUGGGUCAGGAUUGUGCAAUUGCUACGGCCAUCUUCAGAAAUAAGUGUCAAGGAGCAGAAUCAGAAGAACAAAAAACUGAAGAGCCAUGGUGUACCUCUAGUUCCACCCCUGAAACUUAAAGAACCACAGAUUGAACGGCCAGUAAUGAGCCCACCUCCUCAGAGAGAAUCUCAACGCACACCUGAAAAAAAGACAAAGAAAAAGAAUAAGAGUAAGAAGAGUAUCUGUCCUGCCACCCAAAACUCCAGUGCAGAUGAAACCAAGAAGAACAGUGAUCCAGCUGCUGUACUUUCUGAGAGCUCCCCCAUUCCUGAAAUUGAACCACAACCUCUCAAUACAGAGAAUAUUCAUGAGGCCCUCUGUCAUCCAACCCCAGAGGACCAGGACAUUGCAAAAAAGUUAGAGGAGGAGGAAGAGAAGGAGGAAACAAAGAGUCCCAGUCACAAGAGUCAUGCUGGUGAAAAAGGUAGCUCGGAUAUUAAGAG